AUGAAUCAGCCCUCGCUUUAUCGUCGUGCCAGCGGUGUGCAGCGUCGCGACGCUAAGCAGAUUUGGCAGCAGUAUAUGAAAGUGAUGCAAUGGCGCGCCGACGGACGUGACACACUCAUCGAUAUUGGUUCGGGGUCUGGCAACGUGCUGAUGCAAUACAUUUAUCCAAUUAUGCCGGCACAAUUCGAUGCUGUUUGGGCCAUAGAUAUUUCGGAGCGUAUGAUCGAUUUCGCGCGCAAAAACUAUGGCGACUCUGAGCGCGCGCACUUCGAAGUGUUGGACAUCACAUGCGCACAGCUGCCACAGCGGCUGUGCGGGCAAUUCGAUCAUGUGACCUCUUUCUAUUGCCUGCAUUGGGUGCAUAAUCAAAAACGCGCCUUGCUGAAUAUCUAUCAAUUGCUGCGCCGUAGUGGUGGUGACUGUCUACUAGUUUUUCUCGCGAAUCAUUCCUUCUUUGAUGUGUACAUAGAACUAUCAAAGUCAAAUAAAUGGUGUAGAUAUAUGACAGAUACUAUGCAAUUUGUAGCACCCUUAUAUAAUAGCAGCGAUCCGAGUGUCGAGUAUAGCAAAUUAUUGCAUGCCAAUGGUUUUGUGGACUUCAGCGUGGAUAUACGCAAUAAGAUUUUUGUCUAUGCUGGCAGGCAGACUUUGAAAGAUAAUUUCAAAGCUAUUAGCCCGUAUUUAUCGCGUAUACCGGAAAGUCAGCAUGAGGAAUUUCUGGAUGAUAUGAUCCAAGUUCUUCUUAAAAUGAAACUACGCAGUGGCCAAAUCAAUGAAGAGGAUUUCAAAUGCACUACACUGUACAAAUUAGUUGUAGUCUAUGCAAGGAAAUCCGAUGGGAUCUGA